AUGCGCCCCCUCGCAUCGCGCAGACACUCAUCCGUCUUGUUCCUCCAGGCUAUUCGCCGAUCUCUCAAGAGCGACAAGGACGGGCGGCAGCCACCAAAUCUGACCAUCACCCCCAAGACGAUCCAGGCCCUGCCCCCGAAGAAAGUUAUAAAAGCCUUGUACGACUACGAGCCUAAAAAUGGCAAUGCGCAAGAGUUGUCAUUCCACAAGGGUGACUUUUUUCACGUCCUGAGCCGUGAAGACGACACAGAGUGGUACGAGGCCUGCAACCCGCUCAUCCCGUCCGCGAGAGGUCUGGUGCCCGUGGCAUUCUUUGAAGUGGUCGGCAAAAAACAGCGACAAAGCGAAAAUUCUCUAUCGUCCCCAGGAGAGAAGAUGGAUGGCCACGACUCGGGCUUUUCAGAGAAGGGUUCGACCAACUCUGGCCACACAAGAUCAGAAUCGACCGCGACCACAAGACCCAGUGCAGGAACACAUCAGAGAGGACCGAGUAUGACCGGAAGAAGCGCAGGCGCCAUGGUGUACGGAGUGGUGCAGUACGAUUUCCACGCUGAAAGGGCAGACGAGUUGGACGCCAAAGCCGGAGAAGCCAUCAUCGUGGUGGCGCAAUCCAAUCCAGAAUGGUUCGUUGCGAAGCCGAUAGGACGGUUAGGAGGACCAGGAUUGAUCCCCGUAUCGUUUGUUGAUAUUAAGGAUACAGCGACUAUGCAAUCGGUGGCCGAUCCCCUUGAAGCAGUCCGGAAAGCAGGCGUCCCACGGGUUGAGGAAUGGAAAAAGUUUGCAGCAGAAUACAAGAACAGCAGUAUCAGCUUGGGAAAAUUUGACAGCCCCCAAGCUCAAAUGUCGGCCGAGAUGGCUCGAAUGAGCCUUCAGCAGAAUGCAUCCUCGCAGCAAUCGAUCGCCAGUACUAAUUAUAAUGGGGCGAGAAUGUCGCAGCAGUCGAACAUCCCUCUUGCCCCCAUCAGCGCGUCGGUACCACGGUACUGUUUCGACAACGAUAUGUACUGGUAUAUUAUUGAAUGUCAAAUGGAAGACGGCCGAUGGUGGGAACUGUCGCGUUACUACGCUGAUUUCUACGACUUUCAGAUUGCCUUGCUAGAAAUGUUUCCGGAAGAGGCGGGCAACAAGGGCAAGCCUCGUAUACUCCCUUUUAUGCCUGGGCCAGUGGCACACGUCACAGAUGCAAUUUCCAAUGGACGACGCCAGAAUCUAGAUGAGUAUAUCAAGAAGAUAGUGGCAAUGCCGCCCCACAUCUCCAAAAGUAUGCUGGUCAGGAAUCUGUUCAAGCCAAAACCGGGUCAAGAUUUUGAGAUUGACCCCAACGCGCUGGGAGAAGAUUACCGACUCUCCGCGGAAUCACAACACUCGAUGCAACCAGUCUCUCGGACGUCUUCCAACCAGCAAACGCCAGGUAUGGCGUAUGGGGGAAUGCCACCUCCCAGCGCACGAAUGUCCCAGCAACAACGGGGGCCUGCACCCAUGUCCGCCGCAGCCGGUGUGACUAUGGGAGGACCACCUUUCUUGCACUCCCAGGCCAGCAAUUUAACUCAAAAUUCCAAUUCUUCGAGCAUGAAGGCCGGCAAUACUGGUGGUGCUAUGAAGGUUAAGGUGUUCUUCCAGGAUGACAUUAUUGUUCUCCGGGUGCCCCAGGAUAUUGUCUUUGCCGCGCUAAGAGAGAAGUUGAUGGAGCGGCUGAAGGUCAACGAUGGCAUUGUCAUACAAUACAAGGACGAGCCAACAAACACCCUCAUUGAUCUUGAGACCGAUGACAACCUGGACGUCGCACUACAACGGAAUCCUAAACUCACACUGUACGUCAACUAUGCGACAGGUUGA